AUGGCUGAAGCUAUUCUUCCAUCUCAGGAUUCCUUCUGCUGUCCGAUCUGUCUGGACCUGCUUAAGGAUCCUGUUACCAUUCCUUGUGGACACAGUUACUGUCUGAGCUGUAUUAAUGGAUUCUGGAAUCAGAAAGAUCUUGCAGAAGUGCAUAUUUGUCCUCAGUGCAGACAGACCUUUACUCCAAGGCCUGUCCUGAACAAGAACACCAUCCUGGCUGAGCUAGCUGAAGGACUGAGAGUCCAUAAUUCUCCUCCUGCUGUUUCUAACACUGGACCUGGAGAUGUGGAGUGUGAUAUCUGCAGUGGGACAAAACACAAAGCUGUUAAAUCCUGUCUGGUCUGUCUGGCCUCGUAUUGUGAGACUCAUAUUCAGACUCACUACGAAUCUGCUGCGCUGAAGAGGCACAAACUGGUCGAGGCCUCCAGUGAUCUUCAGCAGAAGAUCUGCACUAAUCAUGACAAACUACUGGAGAUCUUUUGCCGCACCGAUCAACAGUUCAUUUGUUACUUGUGUGUUAUGGAUGAACACAGCGGUCAUAAGACGGUCUCAGCUGCGGCUGAAAGAACUGAAAGACAGAAGCAACUGUUGGAGAAUCAGAAACAUGCUGAGCAACAAAUCCAGCUGAGAGAAAAUAAAAUAAAGGAGCUGAAGAGAAAUAUGGAUGCUUUCACGCUUUCUGCUCAAGCUGUGUAUGAUGAAACUGAGAGGCUCUUCACUGAUCUGAUUCAGUCCAUUGAGAAAAGUCGCUCCGAGGUAAAAGGUCAGAUCAGAUCUCAGGAAAAGGCCGAGCUGAGUCUGGCUGAGGAGCGCCUGAAAAGAAUGGAACAAGAGCUUUCUGAUCUGAGAAAGAGAAACUCUGAGCUGGAGAAGUUUUUACAGACCGACGAUCACAUUUAUUUUCUUCAGAGUUUACAGUCUGUCUGCAUCCCUCCUGAAUGUGCAGAAUUACCCAACAUUACCAUCAGCCCUAAAUUCUCCAUAGAGGAAGUGAGGAAUGCCGUGUCUCAGAUUAAAGAACAAGCCAAAAGGAUCUACAAGCCAGAAGUGGUCAAAUCAUUUGGAGGUAUCAUGAAUCAUAUUUUAAAGCUAUUUUUAAUUAAGGUGGAUGAAAAAGAAUUUAAUGUUUUUGUCUCUCAAAUAGUUUUAGAGCCUGAGCCCAAGACUAGAGAAGACUUCAUGAAAUAUUCCUGUCAGCUGACUCUGGAUCCAAACACGGCACACGAUCGACUUUGCCUGUCUGAGGAAAACAGAAAAGUAACAGUGACCCGUCAGGCCCAGACGUUUCCAGAUAAUCCAGAAAGAUUCACCAUGGUCCAGCAGGUUCUGUGUAGAGAAAGUCUGUCUGGACGUUGUUACUGGGAGGUUGAGCAGGUUGGCAAUUACAAUUCGUCUAUCUCGGUCUCGUAUAAAGACAUCAGGAGGAAAGGGAACAGUAAUGAUGCCAAAUUUGGGCAUAAUGACAAAUCAUGGAGUUUGUCUUGCGUCAAAUCAAGUUACUCCAUUAGACACAAUAGAAAAGAGCAUCAAGUUCCUGGAAAGUCCUGCUUUUCUAGAAUUGGAGUGUACCUGGAUCACCCAGCAGGAACUCUGUCCUUCUACGGCGUCUCCAACAACAUGACCCUCAUGCACAAAGUCAACACCACAUUUACUCAGCCUGUCUAUGCCGGGUUUGCAAUUUAUGGCUAUGAUCGUUUCUUUCAACUCUGUGAUCUUAACUGAAGACCUUUAAGACCUCUUAGUGUAUAAAUCCAGUUCUAAUGCAAGGAACCCAAUGGCUUUCAAACCUUAAAAAAAAAACCCAAACAAACAGUUUUUUGACAUUUUGAUCCAUGAUAACAUGAUAUGUUGCUGUUUUCAUAAUUUGUAAGCUGUAUAUAUGUUCUGCUGAAAAUGCUCUAUUGGAGUAGGAUUGGGUGACUGGGAGGUCAAUUUAUAUACACAUAAAGUACAGUCAUGUUAUGUAACUAGUAUAAGAUGACUUCUGCUUAAAUUAGGGCUAUAUGUGUUCUCCCUGUGUCUGUGUGGGUUUCCUCUGGGAGCUCCGGUUUCCUCUGCCAGUCCAAAAACAUGCAAGUGAUAAAAAAUUGUCCAUGAUUGUGU